CAAGGAACAACAACGACGACGACGACGACGACGACGCCGAUUUUACUUCGACGGCACUGCAGGCCCUAUCGAUUACAGCAACCUCCCCCCCCCCCUCCCCCGCGCCGGGCAUUACAUUCCGUGAUGUUUCGCACGGCACGGGCGUGCAGAAGCGGUGCACCAUCGGUGACGUUCCCUCGUGCGGCCGUGCGGCCUCUGCUGGCCGGUCCGGCAUGUGCCUAGCGUGCGCGCGUGUGUGGGUGUGUGUGUGCCCGCGCGACCUUGCUCCACCAGUGCGUCCGUGAGCGCGCGUGUGUGUGUGUACGUGUGUGUGUGUGUGUGCAUUCCGUGCGUGCGUGCCCGGGUCCGGGCGAGUCGAAGGAGAGGAGUGUGUGUCCAACCCGUCCGCCGUUCAGCAGCAGCCGUUCUUCUAUCAAAAAGCUAAUCGCAGCAAGUUACAAAACCCCGCAAGAAUAAGAUAAACCGCACAAUCAAACGAAGACAACACAAAAGAAAAGGAAGGGAAAGGAAAGGAAGAGAAAAGAAGAAGAAAAAGAGCCGCUUGCAGCAACAGCAGCAGCACGGUGUCGUCAAAACACGUCCAUACUGUCGCCGUCCGAUGCCGAGUCGCGGUGCGGAAAAGCGGAUGAAAGAAGUGCAUUCAGUGCUAAGAAGUGCAGCGAAAUACAAGUAGACACGAAGCGUCGGGGGAAAGAGUGUGCAGGAAGUGCGUGCAGCAGUGUGUGCGCGCGACGAGGCGAAGAAGCACGCCAGAACGCCGAGCCAGAAGGAAUAAACAAGCCUUGUCGGAGAAAAUCGCAAUCAAUGGUGUCUUGCAGCGUCGGUGUGUCGACGUACUAUAAAGCGGAAGGAAGAAUAAUGCCCUCAUCGACGAAGUUUUCCCUCCAAUUUCCUUCCCUGCCAUCCGGUUUGCCGAAUGACAGCGACAACGAGGCGCUAGCGGCCGCGGAUUGCUGCGUCCAGUGCCCACAGUGCCACCAGACGGUCCAGGGAAUCGAGGCGCUCAAGCAGCACAUCCAGGUGAACCACAGCGGCAGUUCGGCGGAGGGGGACAACAGCGGCAGCCUUGGUCUGCGGUUGAAGGCCCCGGCAGCAGAAGCGAGCGAGCCGGACGACGACAACGACGACUACGACGACGACGACGACGAUGACGGCGCUGAGGAGCCCGCCAAACGGCGGACGGAUCCGGAUGCCAGCGGCCACGCUCCGUCGCCCUCGGUAGUGUCCGGCCUGGAACCAUUCCCAGUGGGCAACAACCGGGCGAGCGGCGAUCUCAUCGGCAGUCGCCUGCAGGCCAAGUGCGUCAGCCUUCUGCAGCAGCAGGAGCACAAGGACCGGCAACGGAAGCAGCACGAGCAGGCCGCGGACGGCGAGGACGAGGAGGACAUCGAGGUCGAGCACCGAAGCACGCCGCUGGACUUCCUCAUGGCCUCCGUACAGUCGCAGGCGACUGCGCUGCACCAACAGGAGGAGCCACCGUAUAGACGCAGCGCGCUCGUCGUCAGCCCGGCCCAAAGUGGCAACAGCAACGCGAGCAGCGCCGGAAGUCUUGCCGCAGGCGGCUCCCCACAGGACGCCGAUGGCCACGGCCCGAUGUACCACUGUUCGCAGUGUCAGGCCACGUUCACCAACCGGGAUCAGUACGAGAGGCAUGAGCAACUUCACACACCCUCGGCGCUCGUGAACUGCAAGGUGUGCAACAAAACGUUCGCCAACGUGUACCGUCUCCAGCGCCACAUGAUCUCGCACGACGAGUCGACGCUGCUACGCAAGUUCAAAUGCAACGACUGUGAUAAAGCAUUUAAAUUUAAACACCACCUUAAGGAGCACGUGCGCAUCCACUCGGGCGAGAAGCCGUUCGCGUGCAACAACUGCGGCAAGCGCUUUUCCCAUUCCGGUUCCUACUCGAGCCACAUGACCUCGAAGAAGUGCAUCAACACGGGCAUCAAGCUGCACCACAACCCGCUCAACAACAACAACAACAACAAUAACAACAGCAGCAGCCAUAACAACAACAAUAACAACAACGGCAGCAGCAACGGGCUGAACUCCAGCCACACGCUGCUGCAGCUCCGCAACAACAACAACAAUAACCACAACGGUGGGCUAGGGCUGCACGCCAACGGCAAGCAGUCGUCGUCGGCGGCUCGGAUCGCUUCCUCGCUGCAGGCCGACAUGGACUGGAUGGGGGCGGUGGGGUCCGGCAAGGGUGUACUGGCCAUGUCGCCAUCGCCCACGUCGUCCUGCUCGUCGGCAACGAAGCACGAGCUGGACAUCAGUGCCGUCGCGCACGCAGCCGCCGCCGUCGCUGUAGCGGCGAGUGGGGCCGGCAGCGGCCUGCAGCCGGGUGAUGCGUUGCUGCCCAUCAUCGGCAAGUACCCGCCGAACUACACGGCGAUGAACUUCCUGGCGGCCACCAUGAGCCCGUUCUACUCGAUGCUGAACAACCCGCUGCACCUACGCCUGCUGGAGCUGUCGGCGGCUGCACAACAGCAGCAGCAACAGCAGCAGCAGCAACAGCAGCAGCAGCAGCAGCAGCAACACCAUCAAGCGGAAGCGGGUGUCAGUGACGGGACGGAGAUAUUCAUGCCGCACCGGCAAUCGUUUGGGCGAAGCGACGAGGACGAGAGCGAUGAGCACUCGUCGACUCGCCGUCGUUCCAACUCGAUCGAGCGGCAGAUGGACGCGCUGUCUGCAUCCGGCUCGAAUGUCGACGUUGGCGAAACCGCUCGCCACAGCCCCGUGGCAUCCAGUUCCGAUUCGAGCGACCGGAUGGAGGUUGACGACGAGGCGGCUAACGAAGGCGGCUCUUUUCGCGGCAGCGGCGAUGAUAAAAUGGUGGCGGCUCAGACCGAACGGGACGAUGAACAAGGCUUCCAACACGAUGGCACCAACAAGUGUGAAACGGUCGCCGACACAAGCGACGAAACACGCGACCACCCGCUGGCUCUAGAGCCGCCGAAGGAUGCUGGUGAGUUGGCGGGCAACGUUGUCUCGCCACUGGGGGCAACGGUACCACUCCUGCCACUCCCGAGCAAGCGCGAACCGAUCGACGACGAAAUGAAUGGCAAGGCGUCGGUACAAUCGGAACAACCGGAUCAGCCGCCGCAGCAAGGAGGUGGGGCGAGCGAGCCGGUGACGAUAAAAGGCGAGCCCGAGGACGACAGGGAAGACAACGCCGAUGGAGAGAUGGAGCUCGAGCCGUUGGCUCGCGGCUCGCCAGGUUCUAGUACACCGGUUGGUUCACCGUCCCUUUCCUCCUCGGCGUCGGCUACGUCACUCUCGUUAGCCUCCUCGCUGGUGGCGGCCGCCCAACCGCACUGUCUCUACUGCAACGAGCACUUCGCCAACCAGGCGGAGCUGCUCCAACACACACAGAUCUUGUGCAAGCGGUCGCUUCUGCACAAUCAGUUCGUGGCGGCUGCCGCGGCGGCUGCCAGCAGUCCCCAGUCUGCGCUGCCGCAGACCGCAGGCGGCAAUACCACAGCCAGCAGCAGCAACAGUAGCAGUAGCGGCAGCGAAGACGACACCGACUACGAGACCAAGGGUGGCGGCUUGAACGGUCCCGGCGGCGGCUGCGGCAUCUUCAACGGCCCGCACGGUCCAGCUGGGCUGGGUAUGGGCCCCGGUGGCAUGGGAGCAGCUGGUGGAACCGGCAGUGGCGGGAAGGUACGUGUGCGGACGGCCAUUUCUGAGGAGCAGCAGAACGAGCUCAAGAAGUACUAUGCGCGUAACAGCAAGCCGAGCCGCGAUGAGUUUCAGUCGAUCGCACAGCACGUCAAGAUGGAGGCGAGAGUGGUGCAGGUAUGGUUUCAGAACAACAGAUCGCGCGAGCGCAAGAUGGGCUCCCUUGGUGGAGGCGGCCGCCAGUACCCGAAUGGUGGUGGUAGCGGCGGCGGUGGCAGCUCAGGUGCACCAGCCUCGCCGCUGCACGCUGAUCGGGCACCGUCGGUGGUGGCCGGCCAGGAAACGGCAGCCGACCAGCCGCUCGACCUGUCCGUGAAAAAGGAGCUGUUCAUGACGGCGGCUGAGGUGACCGCAGCGGCGGCUGAAGCACUGUUGACGGCUGCUGGCAAUACGAGCGCCAAUGCAACGGGCGGUUCGCUGCCUGCCGGGCUGCUGCAGGUGGCAGCCGGCCAAGCUGACACCAUGUCCGCGCUCAACGAGGCCAUCAACCUCACCAUCCGUACACCCUGCUCUCCCAACGCCUUCUACUACAACGACAUCCAUCCUAUCCACGGCGUACCGGCGACGCAGGGGCACGCCGGUCACGGCGGCCAUCCUCUGCAAGACGGAUUCGGCGGCGGUAGCGUUGGUACUCGCGAUACUCCCUCACCUCAAGAGGCACGUGGUCAAUAUCACCACUACCAUCCCCAGCCGCACACGCUCGUCCAGUACGGCCAGGGCCCUUACUCGGGCAUGCUGCACUCGCACCAUCCGGUCGGCCUGGAGCAUCUCUUCCGACGCCAAAUCUCACCCGAGCUCUCUGGUGUUGCCAGUGGUGGUGCCAGCUUGGCCAGUCUCAGUCCAGGAACCCGCGAACUGGUGCAGGAUGCGGCCGGCACCGGUCCCUACGACGGUAAAUACUACAAUCCGUUCGACAAACAGCUCCUCCAGUCGAUGCUGAACGUCCCGAAGCGAAUGGGGGGACCGUACGGUGCAGGCGGCAUAGGAAGCGGCGCCUCCAUCGGGAAGGACGCCAACACUCAGCAGCAACCGCCGGACGCAGAGGGCCAGUACGUCUGUGAUCAGUGCGACAAGACGUUCAGCAAGCACAGUUCUCUACAGCGGCACAAGUAUGAACAUUCAGGACAACGACCCUACAAAUGCAUGGACUGUCCGAAGGCGUUCAAGCACAAGCACCACCUGACCGAGCACAAGCGACUACACAGUGGCGAAAAGCCGUUCCAGUGCUGCAAGUGUCUGAAGCGCUUCUCGCACUCUGGCUCCUACAGUCAGCACAUGAACCAUCGCUACUCGUACUGCAAGCCAUACAGGGAGGGCAAAUAA